CCUGCCUCCAGACCUGACGUAAAUAGCAUCGAUAGGCAGCAGUGUUUACGUCGGAACACGUUUUUGAUAAAAUUAACGUUAUUACAAUAAUAAAACGUUUGGAUUUAAAAUAACAGCGCUGAAUCAUAGAUCGUUGUCGUUUGAGUCAGAUGCGGCGUGGACAGCAGCGUGCCAUGCAGUGUUAGUGCCCACCAUGGUCGGCGUGGGGGUCGCAGAGGGAGGCGGGGGCGGGGGCGGCCCUGGCGACGGCUACUACGGAGAGUACUACCCUCCCGAACAAUACUACGUUCCGCAGGAGAUGUGUCCUCACCCCUCGCAGCAUCCUCAGCAUGCGCAUAUGUGUACCGUGCUCCCUGAAUACGGAGGUAUGCCAGUAGUGCCAUCAGGUACGAUGAUGCCGCCAAUGAUGCCGCCAGUGUUAGAUGAAAACAUGCGGCACUACCUGGUGCAUGCGCAGGCGCAUCCGCACCAUGCAGCGCAUCAUCAGCCGCCGCACCAUCAGCCCCAACACCACCAACCACCGCCCCACCACCAGCCACCACAUCAUUAUCCACCUACAAAUGGUACCGGGGGACCACAACAUUACUACAGUACAGGCUACCCACCGCACUUCCACCACGUUCCACACCACGUGCAGCAUUCCCCGCCUCCAGUGUACCAGAAAGACGAGAGAACCCAGAGGCAGUACUCUAAACUAAAACAAAAACUAGAAAGGAAACAAACUAAUAGGAACAACGGAAUUGAUGCGAAUUCGGGUGCAAGUACGCCGUCGUUGUCUCCGCGGAAGGAAUUGAACGGACGCGCUGGUAGCAGUGGCGGCGGCAGCUUGGCUAGCAGCAUGCCCAGCAGCAUGCCCAGCAGUGGGCCCAGCAGCGGCGCCAGCACCGCCGGCGUCGGCAGCGGCACGACCACCUCCUCCGGAGCCUGGUCCGAGGAAGGAGAAGCUUCCUCAGCCGAAACUUCAGUACAAGGCGAUGGCUCAUCUGCCGCAGCCUCUGUCCAAGGCGAUGGGGAGGUUGAAGAUGAAACCGACGCCCAGGCCAUACUCGACAUGUUUGCUGCUAGACGCACACCUCAGAUCACUGAUGUAUCGUCGACCAGCGCUCUAGUGAUUUGGAAUAUUCCAGUGCCAGAAGACGUCAUAGUACCAAGUGGCGAGUUAACUUACGAUUUGCUCUUGGCUGAUCGUGGUGGCCGCUACAAAGCGAUUUAUAGUGGACAAAGUCUUACAUGCCGAGUGAGAGAUCUGAAGCCGGGUUAUGAAUAUUCGGUAUGCCUCCAAAUCCGCGCCGGCAAGUUAGACGCGACGAGUGCGUCGGCCACAUUCCGCGCCCCCGCCGCGCGCCCCGACCAGAUGGCGGCGCCCCGCGUGGCGCAGCGCGCGCGCACGUCGCUGCCACUCCGCUGGAACGCCGCCACCGACAACGGCGCGCGUAUCCUCUACUACGUGUUGGAGAUGGACGACGGCGAGGGCUUCGUAGAGGUCAGCCGGCCCCGUAAUCGGCAGCACACUGUCAACAACCUCCGGCCGCAGACUCGCUAUCGGUUCCGUAUCGCCGCCGUCAACGAGUGCGGCCGCGGCGAGUGGAGCGAGGAGGCAGUCGCCUGGACCACCGGCUGUCCCCCGCCAGCCCCCGCUCCCCCCGCACUCACCUCUGCCAGCAACGAAUCCCUGAUUUUAGGGUGGGAGCGUCGCUCCGACGAAGAAUUCACAUUACAAAUGGACGACGCAGCUCGCGGCCAUGGGUUUUUACCUGUGUAUUCGGGUCCUGAUCGAUCUUACGUCUGCAGUGGACUCCAUCGUGCUACUGAUUACCGCUUUCGUCUUCGAAGUGAGACCGUCGACGGUCAAGGUCCCUGGUCUGUAGAAGUGACCUACCGAACGCUACCUGAACGUCCCGGGCCACCUGGAAGACCGACUGCACGUGGACGUAUCCAUUCACGUGCUUUCCGCCUACGCUGGGAACCACCCGUUGACGACGGGGGCGCAACCAUCGAUUCCUAUACCCUCGAGCUCGACGCCGGCGACGGAUAUCGACCGGCUUACCGUGGACCAGAGCGCGAAGCACAUUGCGAUCGAUUAUUGCCCGGUACACCUUAUCGAGCGCGCGUGCGCUGUACCAACGAAGCCGGCGCGAGCGACUGGUCUGCCACGGAGACUGUAACGACGGAGUGCGCAGUGCCUGGCGCCCCGGCGGCACCGGCGCCCGGCGCUGAGCCGCGCAGUACAUUGCUGGCGCUGCGCUGGCGGGCGCCAGACUGUACCGGCGGCGCACCCAUUACCGAGUAUCGGGUGGAAAUCGUUCCUUCGGCCGAUCCUGACGGAGCUGCUCGCCUCGCCUAUCAAGGACUGGACUGCGAAUGUAUAGUUCGCGAACUGAUGCCCGGUCGUGAGUAUCGUACGUGGGUCACGGCGCACAACAGGGUGGGUGCGAGCCCACCGUCUCAAGCUCUCACGUUUUCGACCGCACCGGCGCCACCCGAGGUACCCGAAACGCCCACUGCACAACUGGAGGGUGCUCGCUCCGCCCGCCUGGAAUGGACCGCACCACGCGACAAUGGAGCACCCAUCCUCGACUAUCGCCUCGAGAUGAGUGCGACGAACGUCGACGACGCCUUCUCAGAAGUGUACAGGGGUGCGGAGACGAGCUGCCUAGUGGGGCGCUUGGUCCCGUUCUCCCCCUAUUUCUUCCGAGUAUGCGCCACCAACGCGGCGGGACGCGGCGCGUGGUCUGGCGUACGCGACGUACUGACGCCGCGCGCCCCGCCCGGCGCCCCCGCCGGCCUGCGUCACGAGGCCACGGCCGACAGCCUGCGCCUGCACUGGCGCCCCCCGCCCGCGCACGGCGCCAUCGUGCUGCGCUACCGCGUCGAGGUGGGCGACGCCGCCUUCGACACCGACGGGCCGGCGCCCGAGCGGCUCGUGCAGGGGCUGGAGCCCGACACUGUGUAUCGCGUGCGGGUGGCCGCGCUCAACGAGCUGGGGCUGGGCGAGUGGUCGGAGGAAGCCCGCGCCAGCACGCGGCCGCGGCCGCCCGCGCCGCCCGCGCUGCGCUGUGUGCAGGCCCAGCACAACUACCUGCGCCUGGAGUGGCCGGCGGCGGGCGGGGAGGGCGCGCAGUACUGUGUGGAGAUGCGCUCGCUGGAGGCCCGCGACUUCCGCCCCGUGUACCGCGGCUCCGCGCGGUCUUGCAAAGUAAAGAAGUUGCGCGAGGCGACCACCUACGCAUUCCGGAUACGUGCGAGCGACGAGCGCGGCGGCCGCGGCGUGUGGUCGGAGCCGCUGGAGGCCGCCACCAUCAGCGCGCCCCCGCCCGCGCCCCGCGCCCCCGCCGUGCAGCAGUGCGCGCCCCGCGCCGCGCUGGUGUCGUGGGACGCGCUGGAUGACUCCGAGUACGUGCUGCAGUGCGCGCGUGCCAAGGAUGCCGUUUACAAGCAGGUGUACUCCGGCAACGAGACCCAGUUCCAGCUGGAGGAGCUGGAGUUGGGCGCGGAGUACUUGGUACGGCUGUGCUGCGUGCGCGCGGGGCUGGCGGGCGCGUGGGGCCCGGCGACGCGGCUGGCGGUGGCGGGCGCGGCGCCGGCGCCCCGGCCACGACGGGCCCGCGCGGCGCGCGCCCUGCAGCCGGGCCACGUGGCGCUGCUGAUGGCGGCGGCGUUCCUGGCGCUGGCGGUGUGCGUGGCGGUGUUGCUGCAGCGCCUGGUGGAGGCGCGGCCGUGA